AGUUGCAAAGGCUUAUUUUUUUUUCGUAGUAUCUAUGUAUAUCAUGAGUAAGCAAAUGUAGAAGGAUGAGUAUAAGAGAGGGAAGAAAACAAUAGGGAACAUUCGAGAUACAGUGAUUGUAUGUAUUACAUAUUACAUACUUCUACUGUAUAAUAUAUAUGUAUAUAUCAUAUUGUAAAGGGCAUAUUAUAAAGAAUAUGUAGAAAUUCGAUCAUUCUUAAUGACUGUUUUUAUUAAUUAUUUGCACGCCUGAGAGUAUGGUCGCGUGGUAUCUUUUUGUAAUCAAAAUACGUAUUUAUGUUGAUUCAUUUUUACUCCAAUCAUAUUUUGACUCGAUUAUUUAGGGAUGAUAACAAUAUCUUUAAUUUAAUGUUUCCAUCUUAAUGAAGGAAAAAAAUGUGGAAACAUCAAAUAACAAAUAUUACAAGUAAAACAUUCUCUAAAUCAAUGUAUUAUAAUGGUAACGAAACAAGAUCCAAUUUACCUUUUCAAAUGGUCUUAUAUGUAAAUCUUUGGUUGUUUCCAGCAUGGCUAUUGAUCGUUAUAGUAAACUUGGAUGCUAAAUACAAUAACUUAACAAGUAUUUACAAAUUGAUAACUGUAAUGGUAUUUUCAAUAUCAUCGAUAUCAGAAGUUCUAAAAUUAUAUUUGGGGUAUGUUGGAAAUCUUUCUGGAAAGAUUCCAGAAUUGGCAAGCUGCUGGUUUAUUUCAAUAUUGAUACGAUUUCCUCUAGAGAUGUUUCUUCUUCUCGAUCGUGGGAUACUGUCAGAAUUUAGCGAAAUACUCGUAAAUCGUGUCAUGAUUUUUGUCCUGUCGAUUGAAAUUGUUACCGGUGUACUUGCUCUCAAGAAUUUAGCAAAUUAUCGUGCUAAAACGUUUUAUUUGCUGCAGAUAUAUAAUGGAUACGCGCAUAACAAAGACGAAUUUGGUAAUAAGUAACUUUAUUUUCACUGCUGUCCUUAUCAUUUGAACUUUAUUUUAGUUUAAGACCAUUUAAACUAUUGCCGACAUUGUAAGUUUUAUAUAAUAUAAUAAUCGAAAGCGUUUUA